CCCAGUCGGACUUUGUGAUCACAAAUAAUUAACAAACAAUAAUAUUUGUGUUAAACAAAGAGAUAAAAAAAACGAGACGAGAGAAGAAGCAAGAGGCAUUAAAUUCAGAAAAACAAGCUAAAUAAUUUACAACAAUCACCAAGUAACAAUGAUGAAAUUUGUGUUGUUUACCGUUUGCCUUGUCGUUGUGGUUUAUGCCGCCGACUCCAAAGACAAAGAAGCUGUCCAAGAACCACCAGUUGAGAAAACCUACAAACGGCUUAUCCCUGCUGAUGUUUUAAGAGAUUUCCCUGGCAUGUGUUUCGCUAGUACAAAAUGUGCUACUGUUGCACCAGGUGAAACUUGGGAUUUAGCACCAUUCUGUGGUCGCUCAACUUGUGUUGUUUCAAAGGAUACACCACCACGUCUUCUUGAAUUAGUUGAAGAUUGUGGACCAUUACCUCUCGCUAAUCCAAAAUGCAAACUUGAUGAAGAAAAAACCAACAAAACCGCAGCAUUCCCAUACUGUUGUCCAAGCUUUACAUGCGAAGAUGGAGCUAAAUUAGAAUAUCCAGAAAUUCCAACUGUAGCCCCAGUACCAAGUGAUGCUAGCUCAACGGAGGCAGCUGAAAAAGCAUAAAUUAUUUAUGACUGAAUAAUUUUCUUAGAACUAUUUCGUAGCGGAAGAAAUCCAACUGUGUUAAAAAAAAAUUCAAAAAACUAAAAUUAUAACAUCGAAGUCAAUUUUUCUCAUUUUUUUGUUUGUUUU